AUGACAAACGAAGCACCAAAGCCACCAACAAACCUUUUCCAGGGUUUAUCACUGGGAGACUCACCACAACAGCGCAGUAGCCCCCAGAGAAAAAUCGCGCCGUUGAAAAAAUCAAGAUACACCAGCCCGAAGGCCGACACCCCCAGCUCCGGUAACAUCUUCCCGGUCGGCACUGGUUCCCAAACUCCUGCUGGCAGCACGGGUCAGGUUGAGUCGAUCACCUUCUUUGCGCCUGGACCUGUGCUUCCGCGGACAAAACCAGAGCCACAGGCUACUCAAUUGCAAGCACCGAUCGCAUUCUUCACUACCCCUCCUCCACAGGCCACUCGCCCGAAGGUAGAGGAUCCUACUGCGGCACCUCUGUCUUCACUGCUUUCUCGAUCUACUCCCAACAGUACUCCUCGCUCUCCACCCGUUUUCUCUUCGACGCCACAAUCGGACUUUGUAGCAUCCCCGACUCCCGAGCCUCCAGCUCUUGCAACUCCAUACAAUGCCGCAGCAGAGGCAGCACCGCCUCAUCCUCUGUUCUCAGCAACCUUUCAAAAUGCACUGAAACAAGGUCCCGAGAUCGCUCAAGAGGCUGCAAGGGCUAUUCAGACGUUGAGAACUUCCGUCGAGGAUAGUAAACUUGUCAGAUUGCUGGCUGAAGCAAUGGCUUUGAGACGUUUCCGAGGGACUGAUACGCGGACAAUCGCCGUCCUAGGUGAUUCGGGCGAAGGCAAGAGUAGUUUGAUCAACUCGCUUCUCCAUUUUCCUGGUGUUGCACAAACGAGCGACAUCGGAUCCGCCUGUACCUCCGUCGUCACCGAGUAUCGUCAAAAGAGACAUAAGGACACCGCCCCCAUCACCAUCGAAGUCGAAUACCUCUCCGCUUCCGAAAUCCGCGAUCUCAUAAAAGAGCUUCUAUGGAGUUAUAGACAGCUAUUUCUCCCAUCCGUCGAGUCCGAAGAGACGUCUGAGCAAGACUAUAACCGCUUUAUGCGGGAGUCCGAACAAGCUUGGUCUGCUCUUUCCGCUGCAUUCAAGCACAAAAGACAGUUUACCCAGAAGUUCGCACAAGACAUGUCAGAUGGCGCUUUGGAGAGGAUCACGGACCAGUUGGUUCAGUGGGCUGGUGAAAUCGAGUGGCCGACGGGUGGUGGAGACGGACUUUGGACGUCUACGGCACAAACGGCUGAUGAAUGUGUCGAGAAGACAAAACUGUUUAUGCAAGACAGGUUUUGGCCAUUCACUAAGAUUAUCCGGGUGUAUCUCGAUUCACCAGUUCUAAAGACCGGUGUUGUCCUCGCCGAUCUACCUGGCCUCCAAGACACAAACCUGGCCAGAGUGAGAGCUACUCAGGACUUUCUGAUAAAAUGCGACACGAUCAUGAUAGUAGCCAAGAUCUCUCGUGCUAUCACGGACCAAUCUCUUAAGUCUUCAUUGUUCUAUGUUCUAUCUCGUCACAUGCCCAUGGAGUGGGAACACUCUGGCACGCAGAGACUGAAUGUUGCGGUGGUUUGUACCAAGUCUGAGGAAAUUAAUCUUCGCAAUGCGAGAACCGAGUUCUGCGGUCCCAACAAGACGAUCUCUACCGAGACCAUGACAAAGCUCGAUAACGAGAUUGAGACGGCAAAGUCUUCGGGAGACAGAGACAGGAAGAAGGCUGCAAAGAAGCAGCAAGAGCUCCUCCUUGUCCAGGCGCGUAACGAUCAUGUCAAGCGGAACCUCCAAAGCGUCUACUCUUCUGAAAUGCAUGGACGAAGCUUAGACGUCUUCUGCGUAUCUAACAAGUGGUACGAGAAAUACUGUCCAAAGGGAAAUACCAAAUUCGUUGAGGCUAGUGGGGUGCCCGAUGUGCGUCGCUUCUGUCACACUGUCACUGCAGAUGCGCAAUUAAGUGAAGCGAAGCAUUUCUUGAAGUCAAGGUUGUCUGCGAUGCUCAACACUUUCAACCUGUGGGCAGAUAGUUCCCUUCAGAAGCAGGAGAGGGAAAAAUUGGAUGAGUCCAUACGCACAAAAGUGAAGGGGCUUAUUGAUGAAGUACCUAAGCUGGUUGACACCUUUGAGGAAGACUUUACCACGUGCUUCCAGGAACAGAUUAUGGUUUUCUUUGGUCGAAGAGGCGAGCAUUGGGACGAUGCUGCAAGUAAAGAAGGUCGUGAGUGGACAAGUUGGCACUGGACUCAGUACAAUGCAUGGUGUCUCAACAACGGAGACCACCAGACCAUGAAACGGGGCCACGAAAACUGGAAUUCCAAGAUCAUCUGGAAAAUGAGGAUGGAGCUCGAAUGUCAAUGGGACCUCGUGGAGGAAGAGGUACCUGAUGCUUUUGGCCAGCGGUUCGAAGCGGUUAAGAAACAUUUGGAAUCACUCAAGUCUAGCUUGUGUGAUUCACUUCCGCAACGACUUGCGGAUCCCAUUGUCCAAAGCGUUACAGUGCAGAUAGGAAAUAUUGAGUACUGGAUGAGUCGAGAACAAAGGAAAUUCCAGAACGAAGUCAGGGCUAUACGCAGAUAUGCGUCCGAAACAAAUUAUAACUCGUACAUUCUCCAAGACAUGGUCCCAAUCUAUCGGUCCGCCGCUAGUCAAAACGGAAGCGGUAAAGCCGCUCGUCAAAGAUCAAUUGUUCAAGGUCAUAUCGACCAAGGUGUCAUCUUCCCAAAAAUGGGAAUUGCAAUGUCCGAAAGCAUGAACAAGUUGAUCCAAACGACUUCGCAAACAUUGAAAAGUAAGCUUCCUGGUAUUCUUGCUACUAUCAGUGCAGAUCUGGACAUCCUGUUCCAGAGAUCUCUGGUGGCUCGUGAUGAAACAAGGGAUAGCAAGAUUAGGGAUUUCGCGACUGAAGUCAAGAGGUUGAGGGAAAGGCAUGAACAGUUGCUGCAGGCCGUGUAA